AGUAACAUAAUACCAGAACUCGCGGAAAAGGGUACGAAGGGACAAGCAGGAGAGCCCAGGAUGACGAUCGACGCGUCGUCCAUGGUGACGGACUAUCUGGUCUUCGUCGGUUGUAUCAUCGCCUCGUUCGUUAUACCGUUAUGGGAAAAGUUACGGGGACGACGGAAGGAGACCACGAAAGCGGACUAUGUGUUCGCCACCGGUAGCGUGUCCAUGGGCGCCAUGAUGCUGUCGAUCGCACGAGGCACGUUGGGCGUCAGGUCCUUUCUCGGAUACCCGUCCGAGCUGUACUACAGAGGCAGCGCGAUGUGGGAGACGAUCUACGGGAUGCUGCUCGCUUACCCGAUCGUGUGCUUUGUUUUCGUGCCGGUUUACUACAGCCUGGGCAUCACGUCCGUCUACCAGUACCUGGACAUGAGGUUCAAGUCGAAGCUAGUCAGAUGCAUCGCGAGCUUCUCCUACGUGAUACGGAGCCUGCUGAAAGUGAUCGGGCUGCCGUAUUGGGCGAGCAUCGUCGGGAUCACGACUAUAUCGGUCAUCUUCAGCGUCAUGGGGGGACUGAAGGCAGCCAUCCUCUCGGACGUUAUACAAGGUCUGACGAUGAUUGGUGUCUCUCUAGUGAUUAUCGUUCGUGGCUUCGCUGAUAUAGGCCCUGAUAAGGUCUGGAACGUGACGUCUGAGCGUGGCCGACUAGAUUUCUUUAACAUGGAUUUGGAUCCAACGCUACGAGUAACUACACUGUCUGCCACGUUGGGUCAGCUGUUCAUGAGCUUGUCAAUUUUCGGCUGCCAGCAGAACUUCGUGCAGAGAUACUGCAGCAUGACCAGUCAACGGAAAGUCGUCAAAACAAUGAUGGCCAACAUGCCCAUAAUCUUCGUCCUGUUCUCCCUGUCCUGGGUGGUCGGAAUGGUGAUUUUCGCCAACUACGCGGACUGCGAUCCACUGACGCUCGGUUACAUCUCCAAGUUCGAUGAAAUCGUGCCGUUCUACGUGGAGGACAAGUUCCUGAACAUGCCCGGUCUAUUGGGUCUGGUGAUGGCAACUCUGUUCAACAGCGCUCUAACAUUGGCAGUCUCGAACCUGAACUCGUUGGCCACGGUCACGUUCGAGGACUUUCUCGGUCAGAUACCCUCGCUGAAGAACCUCAAAGAUAAACAACAGCUGCACGUGAUCAAGCUGAUCAGCGUUAUCUAUGGCGUGCUGAUAGUGGGAAUCAGCUUUCUGGUUGCUAUGCUGUCUGGCGUGAUCGAGUCCUCUAUGUUGAUGACGUCAGCGACGUCUGGUCCGUUGCUUGGUGUUUUCUUGUUGGCUAUGUUGGUACCGUGCGCGAAUUGGAAGGGCGCAGCUGCUGGGAUGAUCUUCAGUCACAUAACCACAUUGUGGAUCACGUUCGGUCACUUGACGAUCAGCAACACGGUCGAGACGUUACCUUUGUCCAUCGAGAACUGUCAUAAUGACACGUUCUCGCCUUGGGUCACCGAGCCAGGGAACCAGAUGUACUCUGUCCCAAAUCUAGCGAUCAACGGUACUACUGGCCCACUGAUGAGCAACCUGAUCAACGAAUCUGCCAGCUUGGGACCUCUGCAGUACCUCUACAGCAUCAGCUACAUGUACUAUGCGUUCAUCGGCAGCAUGACCACUGUCAUCGUCGGGAUCGUCGUCAGCUUGAUCACAGCUGACACAGAGACGGACAUGUACGAGGAGCAUCUGCUUCAUCCCCUGGCGGUGAAGAUGUCCACAUUCUUCCCAGGUAGACGAAGACUGUACGCGAGCAGCACCAGACUUCAGAACGAGCACAACACGGCGAACGCCACAUCAUCCUCCUCGGUGACCUCGAUAACGAACGGCGUGGAAAAGUCCGGGACACUUCAGGGGAUCGUGGACGAUAACGGGAAGCUUCAUAUCAACAUCGAUUACAUGGAGAAGCUGAACGCUCUCAAGGCCGUCUCGCUGGAUGUGACCAACGAGGUGAACAAGGGCACCAGGUUGUGA